AUGGAGGACAGAAGCUAUUACAUUGGUCAGGUAGGCAUAGGUAAUUUCAGUAAUCAACCACAAUAUUAUUAUUUAAUUAUCGAUACUGGUAGUGAUCUUAUAUGGAUUCAAUGUCACGGUGGAAAUAAUUAUUUCUAUCAAGAUCCGCCAGUUUAUGAUCAGGGGGGUUCGAGUACGUAUGAGCGUAUCCCUUGUGAACAUCUUGAUGAGUGUGACUCAAGACAUUGCGAAAACGGGCUCUGUACGUACAGAGAAGGAUAUGUUUCCGGACCAGAAACAUCUGGUCAUCUUGCUUAUGAAACAUUCACUAUCAACUCAAACACCGGUGCCCGUGAAAGUGUUGCAAAUAUAAUCAUGGGUUGCGGUAUUGAUCAAAGGAAUUUCGGACCAUUAUUUGGUGUUCCUGAGAAGCGUGACGGUGAUCAAGACUUCCCUCCACCCAUACCUGCACCUGGAACUGCUCCUAUAGCAGGAAUUCUCGGUUUAGGACAAGAUACCUCUAAUUUUUCUUUGGUACUUCAGUUAGAUGUUGAUAAUAAAAAAUUUGGUUCCGACGCAAUAAUUGGAGGAGGACCUGAAGUACUUAAAACUCCAAUAUUGCAAGACCCAAAUUUCAGGUCUCCUUACCACUUGGUUCUGGAGGAUAUUAGUGUAGGUAACAGACGCGUAAGGUUUCAACCAAGUGAUCAUGAUUUCCAGAUCAGGGCGGAUGGAAAUGGUGGGACUAUCAUAGAUUCAGGGGCUCCAUUUACCAUUAUGAGUAUGCGUCAUUUUCAAAGAGUCAAGCAAGUGUUGUUAAAUUAUUUUGCAGAUUUUCGUAUUCAACCUGUUGAUCGUGAACCUGGCAUGCUAUUCGAUCCUUGUUUUCGUAUACCAGCCGGAUUCAAUGAGCACCCGGAGAUGACAUUUCAUUUUCAGGGGGGCGCGGAUUUUGUUAUUAAACAACGGUCUGGUAUUUUUACCUAUUACAAAGAUGAGAACUUGCUAUGUUUUGCUAUCAUUGGCUUGUAUAACCUCCAAUUUGAUGUUACUUUAGGAGCUAUGCAACAAGCUAAUAAAAGGAUUUUGUACGAUCUUAAUGAAAAGAAACUCUCAUUUACCGAAGAGGAUUGCAAUUUUGGUUCAUGA